AUGCCCGGUAGCGAUCAAGCACACGGACAGCUGUCGAAUGCGUCCCCCCAGAGCUCCCAGACGGACCACAACGACAAUGCGUCUACCAGCCUACCGGCAAACGAUUCAAAGGUUUCACAGCUACUCAAUAAGUACGCCUACGAAAAUUUCAUAGCUGCAGUCUUGCUCACGCUAUCGGCGGCAUUUUGCCCGGCAAUGGGCGCUAUACCCCUCAAUUACCGAACCAUACUCCUUCCUCCAGACCACCAAUGGCGGCAGGCAUCUGGGCCGGAUGACUUCGACGAUCAGCAUUUAUCUUUGGCAACCUUUGAAGCCUACUUGACAACAAUGGGCUUCCUCGUCAUCUCCCUCAAAUUCUCCCAGUGCAGAGGCUUGCUGCCACUGGAUGACAUGUUCGUUGCAGGCUUCACCCCUCCAGGGCAAGGGAUCUUGGCAGCUCCGUUUGGCAUCCAGGCGAUCCAUCCACCAACUCAUUAUGGAGAUAUGGGUACGGCGAGCUUGGCCCAAACCCCAAACACACAAGCCUUAAGUUUCAGAGGAAUCCCCGAUACAAAUGAGGUAUCGUGGAGGCGAGCAUGCCUAAAGAUUCUCCAGAUCCGCGGAAUACCCCCAUCGAUACUUGAGGGCUGCGCCUGGAUCAACAUCAGCGCCCCUCGGAGAAGGCUCCAGGAGCCUAGGGCUGAUGGGAGGCGGUCCCGGGAGAACUCCAUGGUAACUAUAUCAUGGCCAGCGCCUCUGUGCUUUCGCUCGCGGGUCCUGGGGACAUCGUCGACAGCCCGCAAUAUGGGCGACAACCUAAAUUGUCACGAAGAUAGCCACGACCCUCUCGGAAGUGCAGGCCGGUGGCUACAUUCUUCAGCAGAGCGGGAGGACCAGAUUUCGAAGCGCAAGGCUGGCAGGUCUGCUGCUCAGCCAAUGGAAGUAGACAAUAGCGCGGCACAGUCCUCGGGGAACCCCAGUAGUCAUGCCGCCGCCGCGCUUGGUCGACCCGGGACAGCUGUUCUCGGAGCACCAGUCCUAGAGUCGCCUCCUCUUCAGGAGCUGCCCCCGCUGAAGCCGGGGAUCCCGCGACAGAUACUGCAAACCAAGACUCGGAGAUGA